AUGGCCGGCGGCAAAGGAAAAUCUUCAGGCGGGAAGUCUUCGGGAGGCAAGGUUGGCGCUGAUGGAGGAAAGAAACAACAAUCGCACUCCAGCAAGGCUGGUCUCCAGUUCCCCUGCGGUCGUGUCAAGCGUUUCCUCAAGAACAACACCCAAAACAAGAUGCGUGUUGGAGCCAAGGCUGCCGUCUAUGUGACUGCAGUCCUCGAAUAUCUGACUGCCGAAGUCCUCGAGCUUGCAGGAAACGCCGCCAAGGAUCUCAAGGUCAAGCGCAUCACUCCCCGCCAUCUCCAACUCGCCAUCCGGGGUGACGAAGAACUCGAUACCCUGAUCCGUGCCACCAUCGCCUUUGGAGGUGUUCUGCCACACAUCAACCGCGCUCUGCUCCUAAAGGUCGAGCAAAAGAAGAAGAAGAUCGAGGCUUGA